AUGGCCCGGCUGCUCCGGGCAUCCUGCCUCUUCUCCCUGCUCCUGGCCGGCCUCGUGCCCAGCCGGGGGCAGGAGAAUUCGAAGACGGACUGCCAUGCUGGUGUGAGCGGCACCAUCUUCGAGUAUGGAGCCCUCACCCUCAACGGGGAGGAGUACAUCCCCUUCAAGCAGUAUGCCGGCAAAUACGUCCUCUUUGUCAACGUGGCCAGCUUCUGA